UUGAAUUGCAUGUUUAGUGUCUUCACUUUUCAAAAUGUAUACAGCUGUCUGCAGGCUAUGUGAUCUAAAAUAUUUAAUGCAAAGAAGUGAAGAAAAUGAAAAAUCCAUUAUUUUAAAAACAGACAGAAGCUGGCUGCUUUUUCUGUGUUUCUAGUUCAUGCUCACACAGGUAUAAACUAUCAGAGCUCUAAAUAGGAGUACAAGAGUGUGCACCAUAAUUCAUGAAAUACAAGUACAAAUAGCAGAUUCAUAAAUAAAAGAAGCUCCUCAAUCUCUGCCUUGUGUGCAUGCUGCUGUUGGCUUAAGGAUGGCCUCUUCUGCAGGGUACAGAUCAUCAGGGGGAAGCCCACUGUAAGGUGCAGAAGCAUUAACUUUUAUUACAUUUAUCACCUAAGUAUCUCUGAGUUCAUGAGGUCAGUGUCCCAUAGCUCAGGCUCCUCUGGGAGAAUUGUCAUCAUACUCCUCCAGUGAAAACAAAGCCCCCAGCUCCCCCCCUGAAUCCCUUGGAUAUUCAGUGCAAUCCUGCACUGUGCUGUUGCUUACAUCAGCAUGCCAUGUUCCAAUGGCAUCUUUACUCACUGCUUGUGCUUCCUGUACCAUAAUAGACUAUGGAGCUAAGCCUAGACUUAUCUUUCAUCCACACUGAAGAAUAGUCAUGUCAGAGAGAUCUGUGAGAGACUUUAAAAGAGGAAAAAAGGAGCAGAGGAGUACUGUGUCCCAUUUCAAGUUCAGAUGCACAAUAAAUAUUUGAAUUGCAGUUUAUUAGAAAUAAAAAGAUCAUUCUUCAUCCUUCUGGAAGUGCUACAAGACUGUUAGUGAAAGUGUUCAGUCUCUCAUGUCUGUUCCAAUUGCUGUGACUGUGUCCCUGCUGCAGCCCCAGGAUAGUGGUUCAGCAAUGGCUCUCUAAUGCACCAACUUCCAGGAUUUGUCUCUUCCCUAGACAUCUUCCUCCUUACGGAUUUGUACUGUCCAAAUUAGUCUUUGAGAUCUGAAAUUAUUUUUCCAGGAAGUAGUAUGAAUUUAGGACACCAAGAGAUUGCUUUGUUGUUUUUAAAAUGCACACAAAAAUGGAAACAGUCUGAAAGGUCUCAAAAUAUCCUGACUGAUUAUUUUUUUCCUUUUCUUUUCAUCCUGAGUAUUGAUAGAUCUUGUUUACAGCCCCUUAGCUCCUGUUGGCUUUCCCACAUGAUACUGUGUCAUGUCAGUGCACUCAGUUCAAGGCAAUACUACCUCAGGCAAUCCUGCCCAGUACUCUCAGGAAGAACAGUGUUGCUUGUAACAAUCCUGGUAGUGGAAGGCAUUGCUGUUGCACAGAAGACACAAGGUGGGCAAAACAUUGGAGUGAAUCGCAUUCCUCCCACCCAGUGUGACAACUGGGUCCGGACCAGUAAUGGAGGACAUUUUGCUUCACCAAACUACCCAAACAUGUACCCACCCAAUCAAGAGUGCAUCUAUAUCUUAGAAGCUGCUCCACGACAAAGAAUUGAGCUGACCUUUGAUGAACCUUAUUACAUAGAACCCUCAUUUGAAUGUCGGUUUGAUCACCUGGAGGUUCGAGAUGGACCUUUUGGGUUCUCCCCUCUCAUUAAUCGUUACUGUGGUCUGAAAAGUCCUGCACUAAUUAGAUCAACAGGGAGAUUCAUGUGGAUCAAGUUUAUUUCUGAUGAGGAGCUGGAAGGAAAGGGAUUUCAAGCAAAGUACUCAUUUAUACCAGAUCCUGACUUCACUUACCUAGGAGGUAUUUUAAAUCCCAUCCCAGACUGCCAGUUUGAGCUCUCAGGAGCUGAUGGAAUAGUACGUUCCAGUCAAGUAGAACAAGAAGGAAAAACAAAACCAGGACAAGCAGUUGACUGUAUCUGGACAAUUAAAGCCACUCCAAAUGCUAAGAUCUACAUGCGGUUUCUGGACUAUCAGAUGGAGCACUCUAACGAGUGCAAAAGGAACUUUGUGGCUGUGUAUGACGGGAGCAGCUCCAUUGAGAACCUGAAGGCCAAGUUCUGCAGCACGGUGGCCAACGAUGUGACGCUGCAGACGGGCACGGGCGUGGUGCGCAUGUGGGCCGAUGAGGGCAGCAGGCUGAGCCGCUUCAGAAUGCUCUUCACCUCCUUUGUGGACCCUCCCUGCUCAGGCAACACUUACUUCUGCCAUAGCAACAUGUGCAUCAAUAAUUCUUUAGUCUGCAAUGGCAUUCAGAACUGUGCAUACCCUUGGGAUGAGAAUCACUGCAGAGAAAAGAAAAGAACUGGAUUGUUUGAACAAAUCACCAAAACCCAUGGGACAAUCAUUGGCAUCACAACAGGGAUAGUUUUAGUUCUUCUCAUCAUUUCAAUUCUAGUGCAAGUAAAGCAGCCUCGGAAAAAGGUUAUGGCUUGCAAGACUGCCUUCAAUAAAACUGGUUUCCAGGAAGUUUUUGAUCCUCCUCACUAUGAACUGUUCUCACUAAGGGACAAAGAAAUUUCUGCAGAUUUGGCAGAUUUAUCAGAGGAACUUGAAAACUAUCAGAAGCUGCGCCGCCCUUCAACAGCUUCCAGAUGCAUCCACGACCACCACUGUGGCUCCCAGGCCUCCAGCAUGAAGCAGAGCAGGAGCAACCUGAGCUCCAUGGAGCUGCCCUUCCGCAACGACUUCGCACAGCCCCAGCCCAUGAAAACCUUCAACAGCACAUUCAAGAAAAGCACUUACACUUUCAAGCAGGCUCACGACUGCCCCGAGCAGGUGAUAGAAGACAGGGUGAUGGAGGAGAUUCCAUGUGAAAUUUAUGUCAGAGGAAGGGAAGAUACAGCACAAGGUUCAUUAUCUAUUGACUUUUAACUUCCUGCUGAAGGUGGUGUCGGUGUAUAUACAAAGUGCUCAUGGUACAAUGACAGUGUAUAUAUCAAAGGUGUACCAUACGCAGCGUGUGAGAUGCACACACUUUUAGCUUACUAUACUUCAUUCCAAAAAACAAAACCAGUCUUCAUAAUUAAUUCUUGCUGGAAAAGUGGUGGAUUUCCUCCCAUCUUCCCAAGCUACCUAUCUAGUGGAGGAAUAAGAUGGAGACCUGCAUGGAAAUUAUCAGAUAGGAUGGUGGAAGAAAAAACCUACAACUACUAAUCAUUGAACACUGAAAGCAAUGACUACUACUCUCUUCUUCAUACCAUUUACUCUUCUUUAGAUGUCUGCUUUUCAAGACAAUUUUAAUACCUCACUUGCAUAAAUAAAAGUAGUUAAGUGCA